GUUUGGAGGUACUCUCUAACACAUGAGCUGCUGAUAAUGUGUGAGAGAGGUGCUGGAAAAUGGACACUGCAGGACUGAGAAACCUUGUUUCAAGGAAAGGAAGGAGCCGGUUUUUCACCUAUUGUGACCACCUGUGAACUUUAAAAAUAAAGGAAAGGAGGAAAAGAAAAAUUGUUUCUGGGUCACUGAGUGAAAUCCAGUUAGAAUCCUAUUGAAGCAAGCUGCCUUUUCAAGUGGGGGAAACCUGCAGUGUAAGCCCAACAAAAGUGUGAACCACUUGACAGUGAAAAACCGGUGAAGGAUUGAAGCAGAAACCCUGUUGGAAAUCAAAAUGGCUGACUCAAAGCUACUGGAGCAGCUUAAAACAAACAGAACAUCUACAAAGAGAUUAUUCUCCCGGAUGGCUAACAACAUUGUUCGAAUGCAUGCCAUGAUGUCUGAAGAGGAGCUCAGAGGCAGCUUUAAGAAACUUGUAAUGGAGGCUAAUAAAGUUAUGGAAGCCAAUGAAGAUGUGGAGGCUCAGUAUCUUGCAGAGGCAGACUUAGAAGAUUCUGGAGAAGUUCCACAGUUGAGUGAGCUGCAAUAGGCUGACAUUGAGAAAACGUCAAGUGAAUGUGAAGUGAAGCUGAAGGACCUUGUCCAGAAGACACUGUGGGCAAACUAUGGUGAAGAGGAACUGACAAUGAUGGUGAAAGCUGCAGAAGAGAAAGUGAAGAGUGUGGCGUGUUUUGAUUCUGGUGGGAAUAAAGAGGCUUUUGACUUCAUGUUCGACUACAUGGAAAGAUUGGUGAAGAAGGCAAAGAAGCAGUACACACAGUGGAAGUGCUGGGCCCCUCCAGCUGAGCAGAAGGAUUUUAAUUUGCAUGUAAGAGAGUUUGAGCAGAUUGUUCCAAAGUUAAUGUCCAGAAAGGCAGAGUUUAUUGAAGUCGAGGCUAGAGAAGAUGCUUGGAGAAUUGCAAGCGCAUCUCCCAUCAGCUACCCAACAUCAGCCAUCAGAUUGAAGCCAACCUCCCUCCUCAAGUUUACUGGCAUCAGGUGAGAUUUUCAUUGCUGGAAAAGAGACUGGGAGGCGCUUCAGAGUCAAGUCGAACCCACCGGGUCAAAAGAAGUUAAAAAGUUCCAGCUCAUUAACAGUUUGGAUGAGAAAAUAAUAAGAGAGCUUCGACUGGUGACCUAUAAAACAGCAGAUGACAUUUUUCGUGUACUGGAGAACAGGUUGGGAUCCCAACCAGCUAUUGCUAUUGAAAUAGUUGAGGAGUUCCAGAGAUUUCCACAUGUCAAAAGUCACCAGCCCAAGAGAAUUGUUGAGCUAAUCCAAGUUAUUGAAAAGGCCCUAGAAGAUCUAAAUGACCUUGGGGACAUUGGUGCUUUAAAAAAUCCUCUAGUGACAAAGUCCAUUGAAAGCAAACUUCCUGAUGCAUUGAAGAAAGAGUGGCUUCCCUUUGUAGCUGAGAGGAUAAGUAAAAAACCAGAGAAGCGCUUUGACAAUGUUCUGGCCUUCCUCAAGAGUCAGGAGACUACUUAUGAGAAGCUCGACCAACAGAGGGAUGAGGACUCACAGAGAAAAGAAACUCGACCCGAGCAGAGGCAAGCAAGGACUAGAACCUCAAACCAGUCAAUCAGCCAUACAUCAGGGUGUGUUGUCUGUGGGGACAUCAAACACAGAAAAAAUCUAUACUUUAAGAAAUUCCUUGUGCUUAAUUUUAGAGUGAAGAAGGAUGCAGUGCGGAAGUUGGGAGCCUGCUGGAAAUGUCUGGAAGUCCACAAUGCUGAUGAUCACUGCAAAACUUAAUUUUUGUGUAAAAAUUCUGAGUGUGAGAAGAGAGGCAUAGACCACCAUUACUCUCUAUGUCCAAAUGCUGAAACAUCUAGAGACAGCACAAUCCAAAGGAGGAACAGAAGUGGAAUAAUAGGAGGUAAUAACAGGACAAAUUACACUGAAGCUCAAGAAGAAUUAUUUAAAAAACUCAAAAUGUAUUUUGCAACACAGCAUCAAGGAUCUCCCAUGUUGCAAAAAGUUACUCGAGUCUUCUAGAAGAGAAUGAACUAACAGAAUGGACUGUCAUAAUGAUGAUUCUGGAAGUCACAGCUAAUGAUGGACAAAAAAUUGGGACACUGAUAGAUCUAGCUUCUGACACAAAUUAUAUCACUCAUAAGGCAGCAGCCCGACUAAAUCUCAGAAGUAAAGAUAUCACGCUUGUGGUCCAUGGUGUAGGAGGCAUGAAAGUCUCUGUUAAAACAAAACGAUACCUCCUGAAAAUUUGUAUCCGUAGCUCAAGAGGCACUUUCACGUCCCAUCAACUGGUUUCUUAUGGGCUAGACAGUAUUGCAGAUAUCCAUAAGCAUGUGUCUCCAGAGAAGCUGCAAAAGUUCUUCCCAGGCAUCCCACUCGGUGACCUGGUAAGGCCAAAAGAGAUUCACCUCCUUAUAAGCCACAAAGAGGGUCAGCUCGCACCACAGAAAAUCUGCACUGUUGGGGAUCUUGUGUUGUGGGAUGGACCAUUGGGAAAAACAGUUGCUGGCACCCAUCCUGAGUUGUUUGAAGAAGUUACUCACACAUCACAAACACACUUUGCAAGGUCUAUGAGAACUGCUGCUGUGAAGUAUGAGGAACAUAUUUGUGUAGCCCCAAGUUACUAUCCACAAAACCAGCAAAAAUUGAUUACCUUUCAACCUCCAGUUGCCUCCAGACACAAGUCCAGUUGUCCAGCUACUACAUCCAGGUUCCUAGAGUGGUGGAAAUGGGACAGCAUUGGUGCCAGCUGUGUCCCAAAAUGUGGAGGUUGCUGCUGUGGGAACUGCCAGCCAGGAGGAAAAGAAAUUACCCUUGCUGAAGAAAGGGAGCUGGAUGUAAUAAAGUGUGGGCUCACGUAUGUAGUUGCUGAUGACCAUAGUGAGAAGCCUCAUUGGCAUGCCAAGUAUCCCUGGGUAGAAGAUCCAGCCACAUUACCAAGUAACAGGAGUGCAGUUGAAGCUACAUUUAUGAGGAUUGAGAGACAACUGGCUAAGGAGCCAGAGUGGAAGGCCGCAUGUGCAGCUCAAAUUCAUGAGAUGGUUGAGCGCCGAGCUGCAAUGAAGUUGUCUAAAGAUAUCUUGGAUAUAUGGACUGGUCCAGUAUGGUAUAUCAGCCACCUUAUUACACCAAACCCGUGCUCUGUCACAACUCCAGUAAGGUUGGUCUGGAACAGUAGUCAGAAGUGCAAAGGGUGAGUUUAAAUGAUCUCCUGCUAAAAGGCCCAGAUGUGCUAAAUUCAAUCCGUGCUGUGCUUCUCAGGUUUCGAAGUGGAAGUUUUGCAGCUCUGGGGGACAAACGGAAGAUGUACAAUUCAGUGUGGAUUGAAGACCGAGAGGUGCACCUGCAUAGGUUCCUCUGGCGUGACUCUGAGGAGGAGGAGCUAGGUGAAUUUGCAGUCACAAGAGUCAACAUUGGCGAUAAGCCAGCAGGUUGUAUUGCUCAACUUGCCCUAAAGGAAAUGGCAAAUCUCCCACAGUUCAGCCAUUUUGUGGAGGAGCGUCGAGUAAUAGAGGAGCAUAGCUAUGUUGAUGACCUUUUGGCCUCUCAUAACAACUUGAACCAGGUCAGACUCAUCACAAAAUAUGUUGAGCAGAUCUUAAAUGCAGGGGGGUUUGAAUUGAAGCCAUGGGUCUUCUCUGGUCAAAGUGGGAGGCAGACUGCUGGGAAGCAGAAACUGGAGGCUGCUCCAAACAUUAUGAUUCUGCUGAAUCAGAUUGGAGAGGAAGAAAACAAAGCUCUUGGCCUUGGCUACAUCUUGGAAGAUGAUAGCCUCCAUGUCAUGGUUGGAAUAAACUUCUCAAAGAGAAAAAGGAAAAUGAGACUCGGCAAAGACCUUCAACUGUAGCAGAUGAGAGCUCAGACACCAAACCCACUGACACGACGAGAAUUACUCAGCCAGGUUUCCGGGCUAUAUGACCCAAUUGGUCUGACAGCGCCUGUCAAGCAGAAAGGGGCCAUUCUGGUCCGUAGAGCAUUUCAGGAGGCUAAGCAUAGAACCAUUAAAGACAGUUGGGACCUUGCACUCACAGAAAAGCUUAGAGCAGAUGCUAUCAGUCUCUUUGAAGAAUAUGCUCAGCUGAGUAAGGUCAAGUUUCUGAGAGCUCUGACACCAGUGGGUGCACCUGAUGAAACUGAUGCAAAUACCUUUUCUGAUUGCAGCAAGCAGGCUUAUGGUGCCAUUCUCUACCUGCGUUGGGCAUGUGAUCAAGGCCCAAUAGGAAUACUUGUGAAGUCUAAAGCUAAAUUGACACCCUUAGACCACAAGGGGGAAGCAGUCAAGGCAGAGCUGUGUGGAGCAGUAUUUGCUGCCCGCUUAAAGAUGUAC